AUGGACCACGCCCUCCUUACUUUGAAGAGAAGUAAGACCGACCGAAACCACGAAGGUGUCAAUAUUGUCCUUGCAGCGACAAACGACGCGGCCUGCCCCGUUGAGGGCCUUUCUAAGCUAUUCCUCUAUGAUUCACAACCUUCAACUGCUCCUUUGUUUACGCUCUCCUCCGGGCCAUUCACCUCAGCUGCCUUCCAACGCGCUGUUAUCGCCAAGCUUAAACGCUCUGGGGAGGAUACCACAGGACUUAAGGGUCAUAGUUUUAGAAAAGGGGCAGCCCAACACGCCCACGAUUCGGGCCUGAGAAGUGACCACAUCCAAGCUCUCGGAAGGUGGUCUUCCGAAGCUUUCCGCCUUUACUUUACGACGCCUCCAACAACACUGUACACCUGGAACCGUCAGUUCCAGACCGGUCGUCCAACUCCAGUCUCCUCUUUCUCACCACCAGCCCCUCCACCAUCCUUAUUUGGCCCAUCGGGUCAUUUGGACCCGCCUGCAGCCCUCGCGGCGCUGUAG